UCAGAUGCUUCCAUUUUCACAAAAAUCUUGUAAAAUUAGAAAUCUUAUCUUUCUUCAUUUGUUUUCAAUAUGGGGAUGCUCUCAACUAUCUGUCAAGUAUUGGUUGCAGGAAUUGCUGCAAAGUUUCUUUACAAGAAUUGGUUCAGUCCAAAAACUAAAGAUUCUGGGUCAUCAACAGUAUCAUUAGAUCAUAACCAUGGUAGUUCUGUCUCCUUGAUUGCUGUUAGUGUAUCAUCUUUAGCUCAUGAUCUUCUUAUCUUUGAGAUCACUUCUCAGGUUCCUGAAAAACUUAGUGAGAAUGUUGCAUCAUCAAAGCAAGUUCAAGCUAAUUGGUACAAGAAACUAUUGCAGGCAUGGAGACAAGCAAAUCCAACACCCAAAACACCUGGACAAGUAUCUAGGCUUGUCAUUCUAACCUUGCAUCCGCACGGAGUGACCGAAGUAGAGGGUCUAUUGAGAUUCUAUCGUCUUCCGUGUCUGAUUGCGCCUUGGGCUAGAAUUGAUGCAGCAGCAACAGUCACUCCUCCUUCUCGACCUGAAGGAGUGAAAUUCGAAUUAAAUACGUUUCGGGUGGAUGCUUAUGCUGUUGCUGUUGCUGAUGGGGACGGAUUAACCGUUUAUGUUGAUGUCGCGGACCCUAGGGAAGCCACCCUGAGUGUGCCUGAGGAUGUUCGAGUGGCAGUAUCAGAACGAUCAAAAGCACGUGCAUCCAAAGAUAAGCCAAAGCCAAAAGCACUGCAUAAGACCAUUAACGAUGCUGGUUACAGAGUCGUACAUGGUCCAAACAAAAAGGAAAUUCUUGCCAGAAAGUACCGGUUGAGGGGCAUUGAUGCACCAGAGAACAAACAGCCCUUUGGAAAAGAGGCGAAGAGAGAACUUACCAAGCUUGUUAAAAGCAAUUGUGUGAUUGUUCAUGUGUACGGGGAGGAUAAAUAUAAUCGACUCGUAGGAGACGUUUAUUGCAAUGGACAAUUUGCUCAGGAAGUAAUGCUCAAGAAGGGGCUUGCUUGGCAUUAUGCAGCUUUUGACAAGCGCCCUGAACUCAAAAAGUGGGCUAAGGAGGCUAAAGCUGCUGGGAUUGGGUUAUGGGCAGAUCCAGAUCCUGAAAAGCCAUGGGAAUGGAGAAAAAAUAACCCCCUUAGUGGAAGGUACCCUGAGAUGACAGCCUUCUAAACCCACUCUUGAUCCAUAUGUAUAGGUUAGGUUGUCCGGCUAAGUAACCAAAUGGAAAGGAAGUUGCCAAUGCUUUCGCCUUUGUAUAUUAGCAGAAAACCUUGAGGUAAGUGAUAGUGUAUCUUAGAGACAGUACUUACCAUCACAAGUCAUCCAAAUCUUCUUUCUACUAGCGAUUUAGUGGAUUUGCUGUGCACAUAUAUGUUUUUAUAUCUGCUUAUUAGUACUGGACUCUUUGAAUUAUGAUAUACAGCUGAUCUGUAUAAUUGUAUCGCGUAAGUGAUACAUUUAU